UUAUACAACCUGUGAUGAAGGUUGCAGAUAUUCACUGUCCAAAAAGGUUGAAAACUACUGGUCUGGACGUAAAGGAGCCUGAAGACACCUAACAGACUGUUUAAUAAUCUGCAGUUAAACUUUAAAUCUUGAACUGACAUCAGCCAGGAAUUUCUUACCCACAUUACAUUACAGGUGACCUACAUUUUAAACCUAUAAUUACAUGUACCUGGAAUCAGAGAUGCUAUGUUGUAAAUAUCCAGUUGUUCUAUGAGCUUGUUUAUUGUAGAGGUUAGGUCUACCUGCCAAAAAUUUAGGAUUAAACCCUGGCCAAACAACUCCUUUUGUCAGGUAACCUGUCAGGUUUGCCUCACCUUUGAGACUUAUCUCUCACAAUAGAGCCCUAUUGGGCGGAGAGGUGCUUAGUAACCCUACACGAAAGCUGCAGGGACAUUUCAGGUGAUGUCUUUGUAAGAGUAAACAGCACUGUGUUUGCAGCAAGACUCAGUCAGAGGAGUACCAUCAACAGCAGGACAAAUGUCUCCUUUGGAGGAUUUUGUUUUUUUCCUCUUCUCCAGUCCCACCGCUCUGUUAGGGGUUGUUGCUCUUUUGCUCGUCCUCUAUCUUGUCUCUGGUAGCUUUACCUCCCAUAAAGUGGGGAAGGAGCCUCCAGGACCGAGGCCUCUUCCCCUGCUUGGCAACCUCUUGCAGCUUGAUCUCAAGAGACCCUAUAAAACCCUCUGUGAGCUUUCAAAGAAAUAUGGGUCCGUGUUUACGGUGUACUUUGGAACCAAUAAAGUUGUGGUCCUAGCUGGAUACAAGACAGUCAAAGAGGCUCUGGUCAGCAAUGCAGAAGAGUUUGGAGAUCGAGACAUUGCCCCUAUAUUUAAUGAUAUUAAUGAAGGUCAUGGGAUUCUGUUUGCAAACGGAGAAUCGUGGAAAGAGAUGAGACGUUUUGCCCUCACCACCCUGAGAGACUUUGGGAUGGGCAAAAGAGUAGCUGAGGAGAAAAUCUUGGAGGAAUGCCGCUAUCUGAUCCAAAUGUUUGAAGAGCAUAAAGGGAAACCAUUUGAUACAACAUGUCCAGUGAAUUACGCAGCCUCCAAUAUCAUCUCCUCUAUCGUGUAUGGAAGCAGGUUUGAAUACAAUGAUCCCAGAUUCAAAAACUUGGUGAGAAGAGCAAAUGAGAACAUACGCAUUAGUGGCUCUGCACCAAUCCAACUUUACAACAUGUUUCCCAGGCUGGUCAGUUGGAUCAAAAACCGGCAGCUGAUAAUAAAAAACGCUGAAAUGACUAUCAGGGAUGUCAAAGAUUUAAUCAAGCAUCUGAAAGAUACUCUGAACCCUUACAUAUGCAGGGGUCUUGUGGACUGUUUUCUGAUUCGGAAGCAGAAAGAAGAGGACUCUUGUGUUAAGGACACUUACUACAAUGAGAAAAACCUGAUAUUUACAGUGACCAACCUGUUUGCAGCUGGUACAGAUACAACAGCAACUACACUGAGAUGGGGUUUAGUGCUUAUGGCCAAAUAUCCACAUAUACAAGACCAGGUCCAGGAGGAGCUGAGCAGCGUGGUAGGAAGCCGCCAGGUCCGGGUAGAGGACCGGAAAAACCUGCCGUACACUGAUGCUGUCAUCCAUGAGACGCAGAGACUGGCCAACAUUGUCCCCAUGGCUAUUCCUCAUAAAACCAGCCGAGACUUAACCUUCCAGGGCUACUUUAUCAAAGAGGGGACUACUGUGUUUCCUCUUCUUACUUCUGUCCUGCAUGAUGAGAGUGAAUGGGAGAUUUCUGCAGGUCGCAGGGUGUGUCUCGGAGAAAGUCUGGCUAAGAUGGAGCUCUUCCUCUUCUUCACUUCCCUCCUCCAGCACUUUCGUUUCAUUCCUCCACCUGGAGUUACGGAGGAUGAACUAGAUCUGUCACCGACUGUUGGCUUCACCCUCUCCCCUUCACCUCAUGAGCUCUGUGCCGUCAGUCGCCAGUGAGGAAGAGAGCUGGAGCAUGGCAUGAUAACUGCCUGUGCCAAUGGCAUCAAUAUUGUUUUUCACACCCUCACAUAUCAUACUGAGCAGCAAACAGAUGUCUUCAAGAUCCUCAAGACCAUGAAGAGACAGACCACACCUUUUAGUUACUGCCAGUUACCUGAAAUGGUAUUGAGGGGGAAAAAAAUGGUGUCAUACACAGGUGGAGACACUGACUAAUCUAAAGGUUAUUUUAAUUUGUACACAUUAGAUUAAACAGUGAGUUUAUGCAUGUCACUAGAAUGAUACAUUAA